UGCAUGAAUGUUCCCAGUCCCACUGCUCAGCCAGUCCCCUGAACUGGGUGGGAUCCUGAUCAGCCAGGUGUUUAGCAUUGAUGAAGCUGCGCAAGGACAGGGGCCCCAAAAUCUGCAGGAGCCUCCCCAGACACGAGAGAGCUCCCCGGGAAAAGAGAAAGUAGCAGGCAGCCUCACGGAGGAGCAUGUCACCUGUGUGCAAGGGAUCCUGGAUGAGAUGUUACAGCGCUAUGGCAGCAUGAUUCCUGUCCACGCCGAGGAGGUGGUGGCGAGGCUGCAGGAGAUUUUCCAGGAGAGCUUCAGCACCCCACACAGGAAGACGAUGGUGCACCACCUAAUGCAGUCCUACCAGCGUAUGCUGGGCAACACGAUGGUACGAGGGUUCCGGGUGAACUACAAGCGACACGUCCUCACCAUGGACGACCUGAGCACGCUGUACGGGCAGAACUGGCUUAACGAUCAGGUGAUGAACAUGUACGGGGAGCUGGUAAUGGAUACGGUGCCGGAGAAGGUUCACUUCUUCAACAGUUUCUUUUAUGACAAACUGAGGACGAAAGGCUAUGACGGGGUCAAGAGGUGGACGAAAAACGUGGAUAUCUUCAAGAAGGCUCUGCUCCUGAUCCCCAUUCACCUGGAGGUGCACUGGUCCCUGGUGUCCGUGGACGUGCCCAAGCGUACCGUCACCUACUUCGACUCCCAGCGCACGCUCAACAGACGCUGCCCCAAGCACAUUGCAAAGUACCUUCAAGCAGAGGCCCUCAAGAAAGACAAGACUGAUUUCUGCGACGGCUGGAAGGGACUCUUCAAAAUGAACGUGGCCAGGCAGAACAAUGACAGCGACUGUGGAGCCUUCGUUCUCCAGUACUGCAAGUGUCUGGCGUUAGGAGAGCCCUUUGGGUUCACUCAGCAGGAUAUGCCCAACCUCAGAAAGCAGAUCUACAAAGAAUUGUGUCACUGUAAGCUGACCCUGUGAAGAGAGCGGGCCAGCGGACAUCUCUGCAGCCACACAAACGACUUCUGUUUUUCCCCUUUCUUCCUUUUUAUUUUUUUUAAUUUUUUUUUGUCUUUGUGGUAAGAGAGGCCAUGCAGAAACAAAGCUAGAGUUCUUGGCAGAGCCUGUGUGUUAGGUACAGAGGAUUCAUAACUAAAGGGGCAACCAUUCUCUCUCUCUCUCUCUCUCUCUCUCUCUCUCUCUCUCUCUCUCUAGUAGAAGAAACAGCAGCAUUGUCCACAAACUAUUGAAGGAAUUAUUAGGUUCUAACUUAGCAGGACCUUUUUGUUUUUGUUGUUUUUACUUUUAUUGCCAUAUUUUCAUUUAAUUUAAAUGUUGCUGGAUAAUGUUCAACGGCAAAGUGUUUUGUAUAUAAAACAUGUAGGUUAAUAAAAAU